GAGGUCAUAAAUCAUUUUCAAUCUUCAAUCUCUACUCUCCAACUUUUGUGCACCCAAACAUCAUUCCAGUACUCCAGUACUCAAAAAUGGCCAACAACGAUUUCGAUGGUAUCCGAGUCGAGAUGGCAAAGGGAAUAGUGGAAGGUUUAAAAAAGGAUCUCGCGUUAAAGACACUGGCAAAGAUCGUGGCAGAAGGCAAAGCAUCUAGUGAACAGAAAGAAGAGUUUGACCGUUGCAUUCAAAGCGGAAAUAAAAUGCCUCUACCACCAGAAGUUCAACUUUAUGCAAAUCAUCCUGCAGCCACUCCAACACCAGAUAUGCCAUCUAUGCUUCUCUCUCUCCCGAAAGAAAUUCGACUAGAGAUAUAUCGAUACCUGAUUCUUCCUGUGAAGUACGUUUUCGUCGGGCGAAGGAGCGGUGGCCACUUGGGUUCUGACGAUAGUUCAUCGGAUGAUUGGAGCGACGAAGACACGAUUUCAUUCGAUGGCGAUAAUUCAGAUAUGGAGAUAGAGUAUGAUGGACCCGGGGGUGUCGAUGGGCUGGGAACUUUAUUGUGGUCAAUGGCGGAGCAACAAGGUACAAUCGAAUUGGAUGAUGAUCCAGAGUUCCCGUCGAAUCCCGAAGCAGAGUCGAUUCUCGACGAAGUCGACCCGGCAAUGCCUGCACCUGACGAUAUUGAGGUUGUAAACUUAGAAGAUGGAGGAACGGCUACAAGAACAAAAGACGGAGGGAAGUGGGAAACCAACUCUACAAGCUCCGAUGGAACCGACUUCGCAGUAAAAUAUCGCAUGUGGCCUGAGAUCUUGCGAGUUAACAAACAAAUAUACGAAGAAGCCUCUUCCAUGUUUUUCACUGAAGCCACUAUCGUCAUCUGUUGCAACGACCUUUUCUUUCUCAGCAACAAGGCUUUCAGAAUGGGUACCAUUUUCGGUGAGAAUCCUUGGAGGUACAACCCCCUCACAGCUGUCGCGAAAAAACUACCAGGUGGCACAAUACAGUAUGAUCAAGAGGACUUGGGUGGAUGGUUGGAGCCUCACAUGUUCGCAAAGUUUCAAAAGGUUGUCCUCGAUUGUGCGUUGGAAGUAGAACAUACCGAGAACGUCCAACUAUUUUUCGAUGUCGAGACUGGAAAAUUUGAUUCUGAAGAUGAAACCAGAUUUCGCAACUACAUACGCAAUUUGACCUUCGUCAAGGACUUUGUCAAGAUUUUAUCUAAAUCUUCAGUCGUCAAUCAGCUCACCAUUAACGUGCUUGUCGAAGUUACGGCCGAGACACGUCUAGAUGCCGAAUCAAUUGAUACAGAGGAUGAAGAAGAAAUGGAGGAAAUGGAUGAGAAGCAAGAUAUGGCAGAUCUUGAGGCUAAUAUUGCCGCCACAGAAAUUUUCAUGGAUUGUGGCUUGUUCAAAACUUUGAGGCAUCUGAAGAACGUGAGGAAAUUAGAAUUCCGAACCGGCUUUGCCGACUUUGAACCUCCAGUCGAUUAUAAACCAAAAGAGAAGCAUCAAAUUAUGGCACAAAAGCUUAAAAGUUUGGUGGAGCGUAAUUUUAAGGCGCCGGAAGAAUCUACCAGAGGCGGUCUCAGAAGCCAGGGAAGCAUCACACAACAUGGAGCUCUCUAAAGGAUCGGAAAUGGAUAUGGAUGUUGAGGAAUUCGUUGUGGACGAUAAAAUAAGCUUAAUGUUGUGUGUGUGUGCGUUGUAUAUAGCUAUACAUUAUUUUCUGGUGUUGUAUAAUGGGAGGGUCAAAAUUCAUUGUAUGAUUGCUUUAUUGCAUGUCGAAUGGGUGGCUUCGGCUACUACUAGAAUCUAGAAUAAAUGUCUUCGUUGACAAGGAUAGUUAUAAAAUUGUGCAGUUCA